CACGCACACACACAUACUCGCGCUCUCUCCUUCUCCUUCACACCCACAUCACACCUCACCAAAAGUUGGAGAGAAGAAAUAGAGAAGUCGAGAACAAUACGCUCGAUAAAGCCAACAGACGGGGCCGGCCACACGCCAAUCGUUCGUCGUCGCUCGCUCACUUACUCGCCACCGUCGACGUCGAGCUCUCCUGGACAUCGCUUGUACAUGACGCCAGUCUAGCACACGACCGGCCUUUUCGGCGCUUGCACGGCCCUGCGAUUCAUCGAGACUGCGAUUCGUGGCCGCCGAAAAAACGCCUUCCGGCCUUCUUUUCAGUCUUCAGCCAAUCUGCGCAAAUAUGGGUCACUCACGCUCGGGUUGGAGUUUCUGGAAAGGGUCGAUCAUUGCUGGAACCCUGGCAUCCCACGCAUGGGCAGGUCAGAUCCUCAAAACGGACGGUUUCAGUGACUGCGGCCACGACUCCACCAUAAAGGUCGACAAGGUCGACAUCAGAUACAACAAUGACAACAAGACCGUCAUAUUCGAUGUCGCCGGCUCCAGCGCCAAGGAGCAAAACGUCACCGCCCUUCUCAACGUGACCGCCUACGGAAACCAAGUGUACUCCAACAAGUUCAAUCCAUGCGACAAGGGCACCUUUGUCCAGCAGCUGUGCCCCGUGCCAGCUGGCACCUUUGCCGCCCGUGGGAACCAGCAAAUUCCCCCUCAGUUCGCCGACAUGGUCCCCAGCAUCGCCUUCCAGGUUCCCGAUAUCGCGGCUCAAGCGACCCUUCAACUGCUAAGCCUCGAUGGCGGCAACAAGGUCGCCUGCAUCCAAUCCCAGGUGUCCAACGGCAAGACCGCCAACGUUCCGGCGGUGCAGUACGUUGCCGCUGGAGUUGCCGGCGCUGCUUUGCUGGUGACGGGCGUCUCCGCCGUUGGCGCCGUGCUGUCCGGAGGCGGUGCCGCUUCAGGGGCCGGAGCCGGUACAGUCUCUCCCAGCUUCACCGAAGUCGCGGGUUGGUUCCAGGGCAUGGCCAUGAACGGCAUGCUGUCCGUCAACUACCCUCCCAUCUACCGCAGCUUCGCCAAGAACUUUGCCUUUUCUACCGGCUUGAUUCCUUGGGCUGGCCUGCAGUCCUCCAUCGAUAGCUUCCGCGCUAAGACCGGCGGCAACCUGACCGAGGACAAUGUCGAGUUCCUCAAGAAUGCGACAUUGAUCUACCCGGACGGCUCAACCGUCAGUCCCAACCAGGGCUUCUUCAAGUUCAAGAGAGCCAUGGGUGAGCUUGCCACCCUGGUGGUCCGCGAGAUCGAGACGUCGGUCAACAAGUCGAGCCCGGCCAACAACGACAAGUCCGCCGAGACGUCGACCAAUUUCCAGCAUACCGUCAAGGGACUCCAGGCCUACGCCGAGCGGCUCACUGUCCCCAAGUCGGACGUGUUCAUGACCGCCCUUCUUGUCGUGGCCAUCGUCAUCGCCGCCAUUGCCGUCGGCAUCCUGCUGGUCAAGGUUAUCCUGGAGCUCUGGGCACUGUUUGGAAGCUUUCCCCAAUCACUCACCGGCUUCCGCAAACAUUACUGGGGCUCCAUCGCCCGCACCAUCACCUCACUAAUUCUCAUCUUGUACGGCAUCUGGGUGCUUUACUGUAUAUUCCAGUUCACGCAUGGCGACUCGUGGGCCGCAAAGACCCUCGCCGGAGUUACGCUGGCCAUCUUCACUGGAAUCCUGGCUUUUUUCUCGUGGAAAAUCUGGAUUGUGGCCAGCAAGCUCAAGGAAGCAGAAGGCGACGCCAGUGGGCUGUACGAGGACAAGAAGAUCUGGGUCAAGUACUCGCUCUUCUACGAGUCUUACAAGAAGGACUAUUGGUGGGUGUUUGUGCCCGCUAUUGUCUACAUGUUUGUCAAGGGUUGUGCGCUGGCCGUCGCGGACGGCCACGGCUUGGCUCAGACUAUAGCGCAGCUGGUCAUUGAGGGUCUGAUGCUCAUCAUGCUCCUCUGGAGCAGGCCCUACGAGCGAAAGUCUGGCAACAUCAUUAACAUUGUCAUUGCCGUCGUCCGCGUUCUGUCGGUCGCGUGCAUUCUCAUCUUCGUCGAGGAGUUUGGCAUCCGGCAGACCACGCAGACGGUGGCCGGCGUCGCCUUGAUCGCUGUCCAGUCGGCCCUGACGGGCGUCUUGGCCAUCCUCAUUGCUUGGAACGCCAUCAAUGCUUGCUGCAAAGCUAAUCCGCACCGCAAACGCAGAAAGGAGAUGGAGGCCAUCCAGCGCGACAUGGACAACCUCACUCCCCUCGACGCGCGCAACUCCCUGCUGCUCGAUCGCCCCAAGCCCGACACGCAAGGAUCCAUGUUUCCAGUCACGGCUGGCAGAGACUUCAAGGAGAAAUCGCCGCUCGGAAACGGCGACCCCGGGCGCUUCUACCCCCUGCGGGAUGGGUUGCAACCGCCCCCAGCGCCAUCGGGCGGGCCGCUGUACCGGCCCCUUACGCCGACGAGACCGCACGACACGCAGACGCUCCUCGACGGCGCCGCGCCAAUAGCCCUGGGGGGCCGGCAGCCGCUGCUGCCGACAGUCGAGAGGGAAUACCCGGGCGUGUACGGCAGGGCGUACGAUAAUGGAUACGGCGGGUACGGAAACGGAGGAUACAGAGGGUAGGUAGGGGCUUGUUAUGGGGUCCGUCGUCGAGACGCACACGCGCACACACACGCACAGAGAGAGGGGGAGAGCGCAAGCGAGCGGGCGAGCGGAGCUGCCGAUCAGUCAUUCAUUCAUUCAUUCAUACAUUCGUUCACUUGCAUCAUACCCCCCGCCUGAUCGUCAGCGUUUUUAGUUGGUUGGGUUGGAAUAUCGAGCUUUUGCAUUGCGGGAAGGAGGGAAAGGAAAUACACGGGACUGCUUGUGGCAUUUGACCUAGGAGCUUGCAACCUAUUUGUGGAGUGCGGGACAGGGGCGGUUUGGCGCGACCAUGUCUUCUGCAACAGGAUUUAAACUUAGAAGAAGGUAUUCAAGAC